UUACUGAGCCCAGAGCCUUGUGCAAGCUAGCAGCAAGGGCUUUACCUCGGAGCUUCCUCAACACGAGACAACCCACUAAUGAAAAUGAACUCCCGAGUUUCGCCAUUGUUGCAACAGACCUGUAUCGAACAAGACAGUCUGGGUCAGGAAUUCGAUGAUGCUUUGGAGGUGUUGCAGCACUCAGUUGGAGGACUUCAGUACUUCCCAGAAAAUCACAUGACUCACUAUUACUCUCACCACAUCAGAGGCAAUCCCAGCUUCUAUGGGAUCUCACCCCCAGAAGAGCCCACCUACACCUGGAGAAAUGUAAUAAAUGAGUCUGUGAACUUGCAUUUGGAAGAAAGUCUCCAGCAAUCUCUGCAGAGCAUACACGAAAACCAGCUGGGACAAGUCUCCCUCUUCCAGCCAAAGGGAGGAAAAGGCAGGAGGAAGGUUCGACUGUUUGAAUACCUUUACCAAUCUCUGUGCAACUCAGAGAUGUCGUCUUGUAUUCAGUGGGUCGAUAGAGCCAAAGGUGUCUUUCAGUUUAUAUCAAAAAACAAAGAAAAGCUUGCUGAGCUAUGGGGGCAAAGAAAAGGCAACCGAAAACCCAUGACUUACCAGAAGAUGGCCAGAGCCCUGAGGAACUAUGCCAGGACUGGGGAGAUCACAAAAAUCCGAAGAAAGUUGACCUACCAGUUCAGUGAAGCUGCUCUCCGGAGCCUGUCUCUAUCUCACCUCCGGGAGAAAGACCUCUUGUACUCCCAGUAUGAACAGCCUAAUCAGGAAUAUUUCAGUCCGGACCACUGGACUACAAACUACUAUGCCUAUGCCGGUUACCAGAGCUAAGCCACUCCAGCUUCUAAUUGUGGUCUACCAUUCCUUGCUUGCUAGCAUCAG